AUGUCCCAGAAAUCCUGGAUAGAAAGCACUUUGACCAAGAGGGAAUGUGUAUAUAUCAUACCAAGUUCCAAAGACCCUCACAGAUGCCUUCCAGGAUGUCAGAUUUGUCAGCAACUUGUCAGGUGUUUUUGUGGUCGCUUGGUCAAGCAACAUGCUUGUUUUACUGCAAGUCUUGCCAUGAAAUACUCAGAUGUGAAAUUGGGUGACCAUUUUAAUCAGACAUUAGAAGAGUGGUCUGUGGAAAAACAUACAGAACAGAGCCCAACGGAUGCUUAUGGAGUCAUAAAUUUUCAAGGGGGUUCUCAUUCCUACAGAGCUAAGUAUGUGAGGCUAUCAUAUGACACCAAACCUGAAAUCAUUCUACAACUUCUGCUUAAAGAAUGGCAAAUGGAAUUACCCAAACUUGUUAUCUCUGUGCAUGGUGGCAUGCAGAAGUUUGAGCUUCACCCACGAAUCAAGCAGUUGCUUGGAAAGGGUCUUAUUAAAGCUGCAGUUACAACCGGAGCCUGGAUUUUAACUGGAGGAGUAAACACAGGUGUGGCAAAACAUGUUGGUGAUGCCCUUAAAGAACAUGCUUCCAGAUCAUCUCGAAAGAUUUGCACUAUUGGAAUAGCUCCAUGGGGAGUGAUUGAAAACAGAAAUGAUCUUGUUGGGAGAGAUGUGGUUGCUCCUUACCAAACUUUGUUGAACCCUCUGAGCAAAUUGAAUGUUCUGAAUAAUCUGCAUUCCCAUUUCAUAUUGGUGGAUGAUGGCACUGUUGGAAAGUAUGGAGCAGAAGUCAGACUUAGAAGAGAACUUGAAAAAACUGUUAAUCAGCAAAGAAUUCAUGCUAGAAUUGGUCAAGGUGUUCCUGUGGUGGCACUUAUAUUUGAGGGUGGGCCAAAUGUUAUCCUCACAGUGUUAGAAUACCUUCAGGAAAGUCCUCCUGUUCCAGUCGUCGUAUGUGAAGGAACAGGCAGAGCUGCAGAUCUACUAGCAUAUAUUCAUAAGCAAACAGAAGAAGGAGGGAACCUUCCUGAUGCAGCAGAGCCUGAUAUUAUUUCAACUAUCAAAAAAACAUUUAACUUUGGCCAGAGUGAAGCAGUUCAUUUAUUUCAAACACUAAUGGAAUGUAUGAAAAGAAAGGAGCUCAUCACUGUUUUCCACAUUGGAUCAGAUGAACAUCAAGAUAUAGAUGUAGCAAUACUUACUGCACUGCUUAAAGGCACUAAUGCAUCUGCAUUUGACCAGCUCAUCCUUACAUUGGCAUGGGAUAGAGUUGACAUCGCCAAAAAUCAUGUAUUUGUUUAUGGACAGCAGUGGCUGGUUGGAUCCUUGGAACAAGCUAUGCUUGACGCUCUUGUAAUGGAUAGAGUUGCAUUUGUAAAACUUCUUAUUGAAAAUGGAGUAAGCAUGCAUAAAUUCCUUACCAUUCCUAGACUGGAAGAACUUUACAACACUAAACAAGGCCCAACUAAUCCAAUGCUAUUUCAUCUUGUUCGAGAUGUCAAGCAGGGGAAUCUUCCUCCAGGAUAUAAGAUCACUCUAAUUGAUAUAGGACUUGUUAUUGAAUAUCUUAUGGGAGGAACCUAUAGAUGCACCUACACUCGGAAACGUUUUCGAUUAAUAUAUAAUAGUCUUGGUGGAAAUAAUCGGAGGUCUGGCCGAAAUACCUCCAGCAGUACUCCUCAAUUGCGAAAGAGUCAGGAAUCUUUUGGCAAUAGAGCAGAUAAAAAGGAAAAAACUAGGCAUAAUCAUUUCAUUAAAACAGCACAGCCCUACCGACCAAAGAUUGAUACAGCUGUGGAAGAAGGAAAGAAGAAAAGAACCAAAGAUGAGAUUGUAGAUAUUGAUGAUCCAGAAACCAAGCGCUUUCCUUAUCCACUUAAUGAACUAUUAAUUUGGGCUUGCCUCAUGAAGAGGCAGGUCAUGGCCCGUUUUUUAUGGCAGCAUGGUGAAGAAUCAAUGGCUAAAGCAUUAGUUGCCUGUAAGAUCUAUCGUUCAAUGGCAUAUGAAGCAAAACAGAGUGACCUUGUAGAUGAUACUUCAGAAGAGUUGAAACAAUAUUCCAAUGAUUUUGGUCAACUGGCAGUUGAAUUACUGGAACAAUCCUUCAGACAAGAUGAAACCAUGGCUAUGAAAUUGCUCACUUAUGAACUGAAAAAUUGGAGUAAUUCUACCUGUCUUAAGUUAGCAGUUUCUUCAAGACUUAGACCUUUUGUAGCCCACACCUGUACACAGAUGUUGUUAUCUGAUAUGUGGAUGGGAAGGCUGAAUAUGAGGAAAAAUUCCUGGUACAAGGUCAUACUAAGCAUUUUAGUUCCACCUGCCAUAUUAAUGUUAGAAUAUAAAACUAAGGCUGAAAUGUCUCAUAUUCCACAAUCUCAAGAUGCUCAUCAAAUGACAAUGGAAGAUAGUGAAAACAACUUUCAAAACAUAGCAGAAGAGAUUCCCAUGGAAGUAUUUAAAGAAGUAAGACUAUUGGACAAGAAUGAAGGGAAGAAUGAAAUGGAGAUACAAAUAAAAUCAAAAAAGCUUCCAAUCACACGAAAGUUUUAUGCCUUUUAUCAUGCACCAAUUGUAAAAUUCUGGUUUAACACGCUGGCAUACUUAGGAUUUCUGAUGCUUUAUACAUUUGUGGUUCUUGUACAAAUGGAACGAUUACCUUCAGUCCAAGAAUGGAUUGUUAUUGCUUAUAUUUUUACCUAUGCUAUUGAGAAAGUCCGUGAGAUUUUUAUGUCUGAAGCUGGAAAAAUAAGCCAGAAGAUUAAAGUGUGGUUUAGUGAUUACUUCAAUAUCAGUGAUACAAUUGCCAUAAUUUCUUUCUUCAUUGGAUUUGGACUAAGAUUUGGAGCAAAAUGGAACUUUGAGAAUGCAUAUGAUAAUCAUGUUUUUGUGGCUGGAAGAUUAAUUUACUGUCUUAACAUAAUAUUUUGGUAUGUGCGUUUGCUAGAUUUUCUAGCUGUAAAUCAACAGGCAGGACCUUAUGUAAUGAUGAUUGGAAAAAUGGUGGCCAAUAUGUUCUACAUUGUAGUGAUUAUGGCUCUUGUGUUACUUAGUUUUGGUGUUCCCAGAAAGGCAAUACUUUAUCCUCGCGAAGCACCUUCUUGGACUCUUGCUAAAGAUAUAGUUUUUCAUCCAUACUGGAUGAUUUUUGGUGAAGUUUAUGCCUAUGAAAUUGAUGUUUGUGCAAAUGAUUCCACUAUCUCUCAUAUCUGUGGUCCUGGGACAUGGUUGACUCCAUUUCUUCAAGCAGUCUACCUCUUUGUACAGUAUAUCAUUAUGGUCAAUCUUCUCAUUGCAUUUUUCAACAAUGUGUAUUUGCAAGUGAAGGCAAUUUCCAAUAUUGUAUGGAAGUACCAACGUUAUCAUUUUAUUAUGGCUUAUCAUGAGAAACCAGUUCUGCCUCCACCACUUAUCAUUCUCAGCCAUAUAGUUUCUCUUUUUUGCUGCAUAUGUAAAAGAAGGAAAAAAGAUAAGACUUCAGAUGGACCAAAACUUUUUUUAACAGAAGAAGAUCAAAAGAAACUUCAUGAUUUUGAAGAGCAGUGUGUUGAGAUGUAUUUUAAUGAAAAAGAUGACAAAUUUCAUUCUGGGAGUGAAGAGAGAAUUCGUGUCACUUUUGAAAGAGUGGAACAGAUGUGCAUUCAGGUUAAAGAAGUUGGAGAUCGUGUCAACUAUAUCAAAAGAUCAUUACAAUCAUUAGAUUCUCAAAUUGGUCAUUUGCAGGAUCUUUCAGCCCUGACUGUUGAUACAUUAAAAACACUCACUGCCCAGAAAGCUUCAGAAGCUAGCAAAGUUCACAAUGAAAUCACACGCGAAUUGAGCAUUUCCAAACACUUAGCUCAAAACCUUAUUGAUGAUGGUCCUGUAAGACCUUCUGUAUGGAAAAAGCACAGUGUUGUAAAUACACUUAGUUCCUCUCUUCCUCAAGGUGGUCUUGAAAGUAAUAAUCCUUUUCUUUGUAAUAUUUUUAUGAAAGAUGAAAAAGAUUCCCAAUGUAACAUAUUUGGUCAGGAUUUACCUGUAAUACCCCAGAGAAAAGAAUUCAGUUUUCCAGAGGCUGGUUCCUCUUGCAGUGCCUUAUUCCCAAGUGCUGUCUCUCCUCCAGAGCUGCGACAGAGAAUACAUGGAGUAGAAACCUUAAAAAUGUUUAGUAAAAAUCAAAAACCAGGCAAUUCAUCUAACAGUAUACCACAUCUAUCAUCCCCACCAACCAAAUUUUUUGUUAGUACACCAUCUCAGCCAAGUUGUAAAGGCCACUUGGAAACUGUAACCAAAGAUCAAGAAACUGUUUGUUCCAAAGCUGCAGAGGGAGAUAACAUAGAAUUUGGAGCAUUUGUAGGACACAGAGAUAGCAUGGAUUUACAGAGGUUUAAAGAAACAUCAAACAAGAUAAAAGAAAUGUUAUCUAAUGAUAUUCCUUCUGAAAACACUUUGAAACAUGUGAGUUCUCAUGCUGGAUUUACUGAGUGUCACAAAACAACUAUUCCUCUUCAUUCAGAACAAGUGGAAAGUAGCAGUAGAAGGUCAUCUACAGAAGAAACUCAUGAAGUAGAUUCCAAAGCAGCUUUGCUACCGGACUGGUUACAAGAUAGACCAUCGAAUAGAGAAAUGCCGCCUGAAGAAGGAACCUUAAAUGGUCUUGCUUCUCCAUUUAAGCCAGUUAUGGAUACAAAUUACUAUUACUCAGCUGUGGAAAGAAAUAACUUGAUGAGAUUAUCGCAGAGCAUUCCAUUUACACCUGUGCCUCCAAGAGGUGAGCCUGUCACAGUGUAUCGCUUGGAAGAGAGUUCUCCAAACAUACUGAAUAACAGCAUGUCUUCUUGGUCACAGCUGGGCCUCUGUGCCAAGAUAGAAUUUUUAAGUAAAGAGGAGAUGGGAGGAGGUUUACGAAGAGCUGUCAAAGUACAGUGUACUUGGUCAGAACAUGAUAUCCUCAAAUCAGGACAUCUUUAUAUUAUCAAAUCUUUUCUUCCUGAAGUGGUUAACACAUGGUCAAGUAUUUAUAAAGAAGAUACAGUUCUGCAUCUCUGUCUUAGAGAAAUUCAACAACAGAGAGCAGCACAGAAACUCACAUUUGCCUUCAACCAAAUGAAACCCAAAUCCAUACCAUAUUCUCCAAGGUUCCUUGAAGUUUUCCUGCUGUAUUGCCAUUCAGCAGGACAGUGGUUUGCUGUGGAAGAAUGUAUGACUGGAGAAUUUAGAAAAUACAACAACAAUAAUGGUGAUGAGAUUAUUCCAACUAAUACACUGGAAGAGAUUAUGCUGGCCUUUAGCCACUGGACUUACGAAUAUACAAGAGGGGAGUUACUGGUACUUGAUUUACAAGGUGUGGGUGAAAGUUUGACUGACCCAUCUGUGAUAAAGGCAGAAGAAAAGAGAUCUUGUGAUAUGGUUUUUGGCCCAGCAAAUCUAGGAGAAGAUGCAAUAAAAAACUUCAGAGCAAAACAUCACUGUAAUUCUUGCUGUAGAAAACUUAAACUUCCAGAUCUGAAGAGGAAUGACUAUACACCUGAUAAAAUAAUAUUUCCUCAGGAUGAGCCUUCUGAUUUGACUCUUCAGCCUGGAAAUUCCACCAAAGAAUCAGAAUCAACUAAUUCUAUUCGUCUGAUGUUAUAA